AAACGUGGUCUUCGUGCGCCUGCGCCUCCUACCCUGUUCGCGAUCGCGAAACCCUGAAUUCUUCGCCCUGUUUGGACACACAUGUGAGUAUUCCUGAAAGUGUUUUGAAAAUUCUGUCAAAAUCUUUUUCUUUGAUUAAUUGUAUUACUUUUUAUAUAAUUCAGCAACUUAUCCCAGUUUUCACCAUUCUGAAGAAUUUUUAAAGUAUUUGGUACCUCUGUAUUGCUUAUAUUCCAUCACCGGUUUUUAGGUUUAUUGACACGGUUUAUUUCUUUCCCGCCAUGUUGUUUCGUGAUUCUUUUUAAUUUACAAUUUUAAAUUAUAUUCUUUUUAACUAUAUUAAAAAGUAAAUAUAUCAAUUUUGUGGGAUCCUUCUUCCAAAUUUGGUAUUCUCAAGAUUGUCUUUGCGUAUGUAACCUACAUACCUAUUCCGCACCAGCCUACAUUUCCGUUUGACAUUGCAAUCUUGAUUCAAUUUGAAUUUUUUUUUAAUUAACAAAUUGAGAUGGCAGACAUUGAGGAUACUCAUUUUGAAACUGGUGACUCUGGUGCUUCAGUUACAUACCCUAUGCAAUGCUCUGCAUUGCGUAAGAACGGAUUUGUUAUGCUCAAGGCUCGUCCUUGUAAAAUAGUGGAAAUGUCAACUUCAAAGACUGGUAAACACGGACAUGCCAAGGUUCACUUGGUUGGACUGGAUAUUUUUAAUGGAAAGAAAUACGAAGAUAUUUGCCCCUCUACUCACAACAUGGAUGUACCAUUUGUAAAGCGUGAAGAUUAUCAGUUAACCGAUAUUUCCGAUGAUGGCUACUUGUGUCUGAUGUCUGACAACGGUGAUCUGCGUGAGGAUUUGAAAGUGCCAGAUGGUGAAAUCGGGCAACAACUCAAGACAGAAUACGAUGCUGGCAAAGAGCUUUUGUGCACCGUGCUGAAGUCAUGUGGUGAAGAAUGCGUGAUCGCCAUCAAAACCAACACCGCUCUGGACAAAUAAUCGAUUGGAGAUUUGUCAGUGGCUGAGACUGGAACGUGGCUGUUUUUGCUGAGUGUUCCUUUGCUGAGAUUGAAACACACAGUGGACGUUUAUUAAAAGUGCGAAUGGAGUGCAGGAGGGGAAUAAAAAAUAAAAAAAAAAUCAAUUUUCAUGGAUGUAUUAAAUUAUUCCUUAUCCUAGCAAGAUGAAGUUUGUUGUGCUACAGUUGUAUGAUCUAUUUAUUAAUAUAUGUUAUACAUGAAAGUUUGUGAUAAGGCUUUUCAUACAGUAAGGAAUGUUAUAGGUAUGACAAUUUCAUCGAGAAAUAGUACCAAGUGAUAAUAUUGAACUGCGCCUUCUGUUUACUCUUCAGGGUUCUGGCACAGCUCUCUCGCUCCCACUUAUAAGCUUACUUAUAAUAUCGCCAUAGUCAAUGAUGUAACAUUAUUUUUAUAGUAUAUGAAUAUGCAUGCCUGCAUUAUUUAUGCAACAUUCAUUUUAUUGAAACAACUAUCAAAAGUCAUGAAUGGCUGGGCUGGGCUUUAAAAAACCCUUAAGAUAUUGUUACUUUUUUAACGUUUGGAUUCAAGUGUUGUGUUCAUUGGCUGAAUUUUCUUUUUAUUUCCCAUUUACAAUAAACAGCAAACUCACUUGCACUGGAAAAACUUAUGUUGUUUUUUAUCAUUUCCUUCUACUGAAAGGGAGAAUACUUUCCUUGUUUUAUUUAAUUUUCUAUGUAGUCUAAUGACUUGGGUUUAUUUUAUUUUGUCUUUUUUCUGCAAUAGUCUAAUCCCAAAUUUUUACUAACUUGAACGACAUCGCUGUAGGCAACUUCUAUUCUUUACAAGUUGUUCUUUUUCAUAUUGUCUUAAUUUCCAUGAAAUUAUCUCAAUUCCCUCAUUCAACAAAGUUGAAAUUUUCCCAGAGGAGUUUUCAAUUUUUAUUAUAAUUAUGUAAAUUGAAAAUAAUUCAUCUCAGGUUGAAUGCUUCUUCAACUCAUACACAUCAUAAAUGUUAUGAAGCUAAAGUAUAUAUUUUUGUACUUCCAAUUUUUUACGAAAUACUUUUUCUUUCAAUUUAUGAUAAGUUCUAUGUGAGUGUGAAGAGAGCUAGCAGACCUAAAAGCCCGAGAACCUAUUUUCUCAAGCUCGGAUGGAUCUUACUCUAUAAAGUUACAUCUUGAUAGUUCAACUUCUGUUGAGAUAAAUUUUGCUGGAAAUUGUAUGAAAAUGAAAAAUGUCAAGUAACCUGCUCUUUGAUUAGGUAAUACCAUACAUUAUUGCUAUAUUUAUCUGCAGCUAAUGUACACGAUUCUUGAAAUAACAUUUUUGUACUGGCGAUACCGCUAUGAUUUGUCUGGUGAUGGGUGACUAGGCUUUUUUUUGUAUUGUUAUCAUUAGUCUAAGGACCAUGUAUCUCUAAUGUAAAUAUAUCCAGUGUAUCAAGUCAUGCUAAUCUGAUAUAAUACUGCCCCUAAUUACUCAAGGACCCUGCAGAUUGUUUGAAGUAUUGUUGAAAAUUUACUGUUAAUGAAGAAGUGAAUCAAUGUGCAUUUUAUUUUUGAACCAGAAAGUAAGACAUUGAAAUUGCUGCAGGCCAGUUGAAGCGCAGAAAUAAUGUUAUAUUGUUUUGUUUUAUUCCAUUAUUACGAAUUUUUGUUCCCCUUUCGUUUUUAUCGGCUACUGAAAAAUUGAAAAUUGGUUAAAAUAUAAAAUCCGUCUCGUAAAUAA